AUGCCGCGAGAUCGAGCUGCAUACCGAAACGUCCGUUUUUAUGACGCGUCAACAGCCACCUGUAUUGGGGGAUUUUACCAGAAUGGCUCUAUCACUGAAGAAAAUCUCAUCUGGAUUUUGAGUGAGGUGUUUUUGAUCACGGACGGUGAACACUCUUGGACUAUUCAGCACAGGCCCUCAGGCCGAACUAUCACACCUUCAAGCAACCCAGUCGUGCUUGGAAAUUAUGAUAUCUACUCUACAGGACCUCUUCAAGUAACCGAUGAACCGUGGUUUGCUCGACUCACCAGCCACUCUAUCUCUGGUCGAGAAGAUCAAUUUCGUUUGGCGCUGGCAGCUGGUGAAUUGAUGGAAGAAUAUUGGACCCUGUUUGUCGUGAUCCAAACACCAAUAAUCGUGUCUCAGAUGAGCUGCUUCGAUGGCACUUCCGACAGAUCAGAUAUGAUGGCAACACUGCGUGAUGAAGCGUAUGGCAAAGAACGAUUUGAGAUGAUACUUGAUUCAAAACUAAAAUCUGAGAUUACAAACAAGUAG